ACUUGAUUGUAGCGACAACCAUUUUGAUCUAGAUAUGGACCGUAGAGAACACCCUCGACAGGCAACUGGAAGGCAAUCGCUGAAGAAAUGGCAGGUGUCCAACCGCAGCAGAGGCUAGGCAAGAGAGAAACGUGGGAGGGAAGAUGCGGUGAACGCGUCAGAGCAAGAUUAUUGGGGGGGGAGGGGGGAAGGGAGGGAGGGGAGGGGGGAAAGAGAGGGGAGAAGAGGGAGGAGGGGGUGGGAAAAAAGAAUGAGGUCGAGGAUGAGAAGAGAAGAGGUCCAAGGCAGGGAAACUCUUGCAACGAGCAAAGGAGUUGUUCUGGAUGCAGAGGCUGUGAGAGGGAGGCAGAGAAGCAGGGCAGGUGGCUGUCGGGGGUUGCUGCAGUCGAACGUCCGCCGUGGAAGGUUUCAAGAGGUAAGGUAAGGCAAGGUGGGAGCGGAGGAUGGAUUGAUAGCUGCAACGGGGCAGGCCGCACGUUAGUUAGCUUGACUCCGGCCUAUGUGAUUCCCCAUCAAAAGCUGGACCAGAUUUCUUGGACUUGCAAGAUGGGAUAAUAAGAGAGAUUAUUUUUUUAUAGUUAAUUAGGUAGUUAGUCUGUAUACUUCAAAACUUCAACUAAUAAACGACUUGGAAUAGAC